CGAAUAGAGAAUGGAUGGAUAUUAAACAAUUUAUAAUUAUUUUUUCGUUAUUUCCUAAAUAUUAUAUUUUGUCUUGACAAUGUAUUAAUCAACUUAGAGAGAUCGUGCCAACUACGGUCUCACACGUACCCUACAAAUUAAUAUGGGUCCGGCAUCGACCAGCAAGCAUCUCUUCGUGCGCCUGCGCCUCUUCAUCCCUCCAUAAUAUCGGCCAGAUUCAAAAACCCUCACAACACCAACGAUAGCACCAUGCCGAAUCCAUCUGGUGCAGCCAAUGCGGCUGCCGGAGCAGCUGGAGCAGCGAUACCCCCAAAUGAAGCCCCGAAACUACUCUGGAAUGCCGAGAACAUCAAGGACGUUGCCGAAUCCGUCGGCAUCAACUCUCUCAACGAGGAGGCUGUCAAGUCUCUUGCGCAAGAUGUAGAAUAUAGAAUUGGCCAGGUCAUUGUCGAGAGUUUGCGGUUGAUGCGCGCCGCUCGCCGCACAACGCUUACCGUCAAUGAUGUCAGUCUUGCGCUGCGAGUGCUAGAUGCCGAACCGCUCUACGGUUACGAUUCCACGCGACCACUUAGAUUUGGUGAAGCCAGUCUUGGACCAGGACAACCGCUUUUCUAUAUUGAAGAUGAGGAAGUGGAUUUCGAGAAGCUGAUUAAUGCUCCGCUCCCUAAGGUGCCUCGCGAUACCAACUUCACAGCCCAUUGGCUCGCAAUUGAAGGUGUACAGCCCUCUAUCCCACAAAACCCAACGACGGCCGAGUCCCGAUCUCAAGACCUGCUACCUAAAGGCACCGGCGCCAACCCGGCUCUCGCUGCUCUUGCUGGCAACGAUACCAUCUCGUUCAACCCGGCUGUUAAGCAUAUCGUUAGCAAGGAGCUCAUUCUAUACUUUGACAAGAUUCAAGGAGCUAUUCUCGACGAUAACCCCGAUGAAGAGGUUGUACGAUUGCGACAGGCUGCUCUCGGCUCCGUCCGCGACGACCCUGGAUUGCACCAACUUGCGCCAUACUUUAUAAACUUCAUCAUGGACCGUGUGACGCACCAACUGGAUGACACCUUUACCUUACGACAGAUGAUGGAGCUCACUAAUGCUCUCAUUGAAAACAAAACACUCUUCCUGGACCCCUAUGCCAGCUCGCUGUCUGCUCCUGUCCUGACCUGUCUGAUGGCUCGCAAGCUCGGCAGUGAUGAAGGAGCCGACUCUUUGAAGGACCAGUACGAACUCAGACAGCUGGCAGCCUCAUUAGUUGGCCGUAUUGCACAGAAGUACGCCGGCUCCAACACCCUUCUCCGACCAAAACUUACUCGCACCUGUCUCAAGUACUUCCUGGACCCAACGAAGCCACCAGCUGUCCUAUUCGGUGCAAUUAGUGGCUUAGUAGAGGCUGGCGGCCCGGAGGCUAUCCGUGUUCUUGUUCUCCGUAACCUCAAGACGUUUGACUCUGGCAUUCUGCAGCCACUCAAGGAGAAGUCUGACGGCUCCAUUGAGUACGAGAUGCUCGUCCAGGGCAUUGUUCACGCCGUAGCGUCGCUGGACUCCAAACAAGCGCUAUCUAUUUCCAGCAAUAGCUCCACAGGAUCUGAGUCGUCUGACCUUAAAGACUUCAUCGGCCCUAUUAUCGCAGAGAAGAUUCUGCGCGGCGGAAACCCGAGGCUCGUUAAGUCGAUCCUGGAAGCCCGUAACAUUGAGUAAGCGCUUGGUUGGUGGUGGUGACCAGUCUUGUUUUUAAAGUAAUCAGGCGUAUGGUGUUGCACGGAUAUAUACACAUUUAGCUCUAGCAAAUUUGGAACAAAAAAGUGUUCAAUGUUUAAGUUGUAUUUGUUUUAACAAACGAAAUAGUGCCAAUUUCGCACAGUCAUGGCAGCAGAUGCGCCGCCUAAUUUUGUGUAUAAAACCUCCCCCAUCUACUAUUAUUUGUUGCUACAAGUCGUCAGUGUACCGUUUACAUGGCCCAUCGCUUCCCAACCAACCGACACAUUCCAUUUAGAUACCGAAAGCAAGGUAACCGGCGAGGACGGCGGCGGUAGCAAAGAUGACACGCUCGCCAGUCUGAAUGGUCUUCUUGGAGAAGCCCUUAACCAAGUCAUACGACAAGUGUCGUACACCGUUGAUGGCAUGGAAGGCGAAAGGGAAACCGAGGGCGAGCUUGAUGCCACCCUUGAGGGCGAGAGGCAUGGCGGCGAAAGCGCUGACGAGACUGGCGCUCUCGAUGUGAAGGCCGAGGAGAGGAGCAACGAGGUAGGUAGCGAAGUAGACGUAAGCGGCACCAGACAGAGUGCAGCCGGUGAUACGGGUCCAGGCAGAGGCACCGAACCAGGUCUGCUCCAUCUUGUAGAUGCUCAGGUGAGGAGAGACGGGGCGGUUCUUGCGCUGGGCAACGAGGAUCUCAUGGCCUUCCGAGGUCGACAGCUUGGUAGUGGCGAUAGGG